AUGAAAUCUGUUCUGUUCACAGCUGAAGAUUCACCUACAUUCUACUUCCUCUAUGGACAUGGAGGAACAGGCAAGACUUUUCUCUACAAAACUAUUCUCGCACACCUUAAAGAAGCUGGAAAAAUAGUUCUGGUUGUUGCUUCUUCAGGAAUUGCAGCAACAUUACUUCCUGAUGCAAGUACAGCUCACUCUCGGUUUAAAAUACCACUAGAAAUCGACCAUGGUUCUUCGUGUAAUAUCAAAAAAGGUACACCAUUGGCUCAGUUGAUCAUUGAUGCAUCGCUUAUAAUAUGGGAUGAGGCCCCAAUGGUUCACAGGUUGUCUUUUGAAGCGGUAAACAGAGCUUUUUGUGAUAUUAUGGAUGUUCCUUUUAGUGGUGUUAGCUUCAAACCAUUUGGGGGAAAAGUUGUUCUUCUUGGAGGCGAUUUUCGACAAACACUUCCAGUAGUAGCUGAUGCUGGCAGAGAAGAAAGUAUCGAUUCAUCUCUUACAUGUUCCUUCCUAUGGCAACAUUGCACUAUCUUGCACUUGACGGAAAAUAUGCGUGUAGUUGCUUCCCGGGAAAGCGAGAGGUCAGCUUUUAGUGGCAUGACCUUUACAGAAUGGACUCUUGCUGUAGGGAAUGGGACUGUGCCAGGGAAAUCAUUUCCCUCUAACCAAUCUGCCGAUUGGAUAGAGAUUCCUGAAUCGUUACUACUUCCUUUUACUGAAGAUCCUAUUCGUACAAUUUGUUCUACAGUGUAUCCUGAUUUUGCUCAGCGGUACCACAACGUGUCGUAUCUGACUGAAAGAUCCAUUAUUACACCAACAAAUAAGAAUGUCACGGAGAUAAACACUCAUAUGCUUGCUCUUAUUCCAGGAAUGCCACGCACAUAUUUUAGUGGUGACAGUCUACAUACAGAUGCAAGCGAUCCAGACCGACUUGAAGCAGAAUAUCCCACUGAAUUCCUCAACUCCCUCUCUUUCAAUGGCUGUCCAGAACAUCAAAUUGAUCUGAAGGUAUUUUCUCCAAUAAUGCUGUUGAGGAAUUUAAACCCAUCCAUUGGUCUUUGUAAUGGUACACGCUUGAUGGUGCUUUACUUGGGCCAUUAUGUUAUCAAGGGAAUGAUAAUGGGAGGCACAUUCAAUGGUAGGACUGUGGCAAUUCCAAGAAUUGUGCUCAGUAUCAAUGAUUACCGCUGGCCAUUUGUUCUUAAACGACGCCAGUUUCCAGUACGGUUGUGCUAUGCCAUGACAAUCAACAAGAGCCAGGGCCAGACCCUGUUAAAUGUUGGUGUCUAUCUGCCAAAACCAGUAUUCAGCCAUGGCCAACUUUUUGUCGCUGUUUCUCGGGUUAGAACAGCAGAUGGUCUUCGAUUCCUUAUCGUAAAUGAAGAUGCCAUCCCCUCCAACUAUACCCGGAAUAUUGUUUACCAGGAAGCAUUCGUUAACUUUCAGAACCCGUCUUCCUAG